GCCUAGGAAAGGCGACGACGACGCGUUUGCUAUAUUAAUAUUUUCUAAUUGAAAAUACAGAAAGGCCAUUAAUAGCCUACAGUAUAUUUUUUAAAUACAAAACUCGCUUUAGCGAAGAUGUAUGAUACAGAAGAUGAUCAAUACGAAGAGGAAGAUGUGGAAAUAACACCUGAGCUUUGGCAAGAAGCUUGUUGGAUUGUCAUCAACGCUUAUUUCGAUGAAAAAGGUCUAGUGAGACAGCAAUUAGAUAGCUUCGAUGAAUUUAUUCAAAUGUCGGUACAACGUAUAGUUGAAGAUUCUCCACCCAUAGAGUUACAAGCAGAAGCACAACAUUUCUCUGGUGAGAUGGAAACACCACCAAAAUAUCGUCUUAAAUUUGACCAAAUUUAUUUAUCUAAACCUACUCAUUGGGAGAAAGAUGGAGCUCCAUCUCCCAUGAUGCCCAAUGAAGCACGUCUUCGUAAUUUAACAUAUUCGGCACCUUUAUAUGUUGAUAUUACAAAAACAAUAGAGAAAGAACAUGAGGAUCCUAUUGAAACGCAACAUCAGAAAACAUUUAUUGGCAAGAUUCCUAUUAUGCUUAGAUCUACAUAUUGCUUACUAAACAGUUUGACUGACCGUGACUUGUCAGAAUUGAAUGAAUGCCCCUUAGAUCCUGGUGGUUACUUCAUUAUUAAUGGAUCAGAAAAAGUACUAAUUGCACAGGAAAAAAUGGCUACCAAUACUGUCUAUGUAUUCAGCAUGAAGGAUGGCAAAUAUGCUUACAAAACAGAAAUAAGAUCAUGUCUGGAACAUAGUUCUAGACCGACAUCUACAUUAUGGGUUAAUAUGAUGGCUCGAGGAGGACAAAAUAUAAAGAAAUCUGCUAUUGGUCAAAGAAUUAUGGCAAUUGUCCCAUAUAUCAAACAAGACAUACCUAUAAUGAUUGUAUUCAGAGCUUUAGGUUUUGUUGCUGAUAGAGAUAUAUUGGAACACAUUAUAUAUGAUUUUGAUGAUCCAGAAAUGAUGGAAAUGGUUAAGCCAUCUCUUGAUGAGGCUUUUGUCAUUCAAGAACAAAAUGUAGCACUCAAUUUUAUUGGAAGCCGAGGGGCACGCCCAGGUGUCACCAAAGAAAGACGUAUUAAAUAUGCUAGAGAAAUCUUACAAAAGGAAAUGUUGCCACAUGUUGGAGUAUCAGAUUUUUGUGAAACAAAAAAAGCUUAUUUUCUAGGCUACAUGGUACACAGAUUAUUAUUAGCUGCUUUGGGUCGAAGAGAACUGGAUGAUAGAGAUCAUUAUGGCAACAAAAGAUUAGAUUUAGCAGGACCACUUUUGGCUUUUCUAUUUAGAGGCUUAUUCAAAAAUUUACUAAAAGAAGUCCGAAUGUAUGCUCAAAAAUUUAUUGAUAGAGGAAAAGAUUUCAACUUGGAACUUGCUAUCAAAACAAAAAUCAUCACUGAUGGUCUUCGUUAUUCUUUGGCAACUGGUAAUUGGGGUGACCAAAAGAAAGCUCAUCAGGCCCGAGCUGGAGUAUCUCAAGUGUUGAACAGAUUAACUUUUGCAUCUACUUUAUCCCAUUUAAGACGUGUCAAUUCUCCAAUUGGACGUGAUGGUAAACUUGCUAAACCACGUCAAUUGCACAAUACUUUAUGGGGUAUGAUUUGUCCUGCUGAAACUCCAGAGGGAGCUGCUGUUGGCUUAGUGAAGAAUUUAGCAUUAAUGGCUUAUAUCUCAGUAGGAAGUCAACCUUCACCAAUUUUGGAGUUCUUGGAAGAAUGGUCAAUGGAAAACUUGGAAGAAAUUGCACCAUCAGCUAUAGCUGAUGCCACAAAAAUAUUUGUGAAUGGUUGUUGGGUAGGAAUACACAGGGACCCUGAACAGUUGAUGGCUACACUACGUAAACUAAGACGUCAUAUGGACAUCAUUGUCUCUGAAGUCAGUAUGAUUAGAGAUAUAAGAGACAGAGAAAUCAGAAUCUAUACAGAUGCAGGUAGAAUUUGUAGACCAUUACUUAUUGUCAAUAAUGGUGUCUUAUUGUUAAAAAAGAAGCACAUAGAUGAUUUAAAAGAAAAGGACUACAAUAACUAUGGUUGGCAAAAUUUGGUGGCUAGUGGAGUAGUUGAAUAUAUUGAUACUUUGGAAGAAGAAACUGUGAUGAUUGCCAUGAGUUUAGAUGACUUGAAUCAAGUUAAAGAAUAUGCAUAUUGUACUACUUAUACACAUUGUGAGAUUCAUCCUGCAAUGAUUCUGGGUGUCUGUGCGUCUAUUAUUCCAUUCCCAGAUCAUAAUCAAAGUCCCAGAAAUACUUAUCAAAGUGCUAUGGGUAAACAAGCUAUGGGAGUUUAUAUCACAAAUUUCCAUGUUAGAAUGGAUACACUGGCUCAUGUUUUGUAUUAUCCCCACAAACCCCUGGUUACAACAAGAUCUAUGGAAUACUUACGAUUUAGAGAAUUGCCAGCAGGAAUUAACUCUAUUGUUGCUAUUCUUUGUUAUACUGGAUAUAACCAAGAAGACAGUGUUAUUUUGAAUGCAUCUGCUGUAGAGAGAGGAUUCUUUAGAUCCGUAUUUUACCGUUCAUACAAAGAUUCUGAAUCUAAAAGAAAUGGAGAACAAGAAGAACAGUUUGAAAAACCAACCAGACAGACAUGUCAGGGUAUGAGGAAUGCUCUGUAUGACAAAUUAGAUGAUGAUGGUAUUAUUGCUCCUGGUAUUAGAGUAUCAGGUGAUGAUGUUGUCAUAGGAAAAACUAUAACUUUACCAGAAAAUGAUGAUGAAUUGGAAGGUACAACAAAACGAUUUACAAAGCGAGAUGCGUCCACUUUCUUACGUAAUAGUGAAACUGGAAUUGUCGACCAAGUAAUGUUGACAUUAAAUAGUGAAGGUUAUAAAUUUUGUAAAAUUCGAGUCAGAUCUGUACGCAUCCCGCAAAUUGGAGAUAAGUUUGCUUCACGACAUGGUCAAAAAGGAACAUGUGGAAUUCAAUACAGGCAAGAAGAUAUGCCAUUUACUUGCGAAGGUAUAACACCAGAUAUCAUUAUUAAUCCUCACGCUAUCCCUUCGCGUAUGACAAUUGGUCACUUGAUUGAGUGUAUUCAAGGGAAAGUAUCUUCCAAUAAGGGAGAGAUCGGUGAUGCAACCCCAUUCAAUGAUGCCGUAAAUGUGCAAAAAAUAUCAUCUCUGUUACAAGAUUAUGGUUACCAUCUACGUGGUAAUGAAGUCAUGUACAAUGGGCAUACAGGCCGUAAAAUUAAUGCGCAAGUUUUUUUGGGACCAACUUACUACCAACGUUUAAAGCACAUGGUCGAUGAUAAAAUUCAUUCUAGAGCUAGAGGUCCAGUACAAAUUCUAGUGAGACAGCCUAUGGAAGGUAGGGCAAGAGAUGGUGGAUUACGUUUUGGUGAAAUGGAACGUGAUUGUCAGAUUGCACACGGAGCUGCCCAAUUUUUACGUGAACGUUUAUUUGAAGUAUCAGAUCCUUACCGUAUACACGUGUGUAAUUUCUGCGGCCUGAUCGCUAUAGCUAAUUUGCGUAACAAUACAUUUGAAUGCAAAGGCUGCAAAAACAAAACUCAAAUUUCGCAAAUCCGUUUACCAUAUGCAGCCAAGUUACUAUUCCAGGAACUAAUGUCGAUGAAUAUCGCUCCUAGACUAAUGGUAGUGAGUUAAGUAUUAUAAUUUGAUAAGAAAAUAAUUCACUGUCAACUAUUAAGAUUUAAAAUAAAAUAAAAUCUAAUCGUU